AUUCCCUUCAAGGGGCCUGGAGCAGAACGGCCCAAGAAGACCAGCUUAGUUUAGCUGCAUGAAACGGCAAAAUAACAAGCAUUCGAAAUCUACACACGGACGCGGGUUAUUUCAUUUGCGCUGCGUGGAAUUUCAUUUAUUUUUUGAUUAAACCCCCCCGAACCCCGCUUUGAUACCUCGUUGAGCAUAGCACAGCAACACAACUGGUGCUGAUAAUGCUAGAGGAGAGGGUCAGGGAUGUGAGAGUUUGACGGCCCGGGAGGAGGUGGAGGUUUGGUUCCGUGAAUGGUUAACUUCUCGAUUUGGAGGGGUGACUGAGAUGGUGCGGAGGAUGGGUAUGGGGGCAUACCUUGCUGGUUGGUCACUUGGGGAUGUCGAGGUGGUGGUUACAUUGAGCUUUCCUCUCUGGACGGACUGCGCAGUUGGUUAUUAUGGCCACCAUGUCCAGUCUCAAUGACUUCCUUCUCACACGGUGCAGUAUACCUCCUCAGAUGUCCCUCCGGGGCGUAGACUGGCGAUGCAAUGGCCCUCAUAGCCUCAAGCAUGGUCUUUUCCUUCUCCCACAUCUUUCUCUUUGGCGUUCUUAUCCUCUUCAUCCUCUAUACCCUCCGCUCCUCCGUCAGUUUCCAAAUAGCUGUCCCAAACUACUCCACCAGUAGAGCAAACCACUACCCAUCCGAAGAGACCCUGCGCUCCCGCUCAUUGACGGAGGAACAAUGCAGGACUGCGUUCCCAGGGCUGCUGAAGGAAGUCGAUGAUGCUGUUGCGAGGGGGAAGUUCGUGCAGGAUACGUAUGAUCCCGAGAACUCACUCGGGCCUGUGAGGGGGAGGAUAAAAGAUGGGAAGCUAUACAUCAUCUUCGCCCAGCGCGAAAAUGAUAUGUCCAAAGACGCCGUUCGCUACCGCUUCGCCGUCCUCUCCCAACUCUACCGCGCCAUCCUCACCUCCCCCACCCCCCUCCCCCCAACAACCUUCUCCCUAACCGUCUCCGACACCCCCCGCACUGGCUCCUGGUCCUUCGCCCGCCCCGCCAUCACCCCCUCCUCCCCUGCCCAGAACCACUGGCCCAUGCCCCAUUUCUCGCACUGGACGUGGCCGAACCCCCUCGUGGGCCCGUUUGACGCCGUGCUCGAUCGGAUAGCGGGGAUAGAGAGGGAGGCGAGGUGGAGGGAGAAGAUCGAUAAGGCGGUUUGGAGGGGGACGGUGUGGUUUAGUCCGAUUGGGAAUAAAGACCUGCGUAAGAAUUUGGUGAAAGUGGCGAAAGGGAAGGAGUGGGCGGAUAUAGAAGCUGGAAGGGCGGAAGUGAAGAAUGCUACUACUGGGGUGGUGGUGGAGAAGGGGAAUGAGAUUCGGAUUGAGGAGUUUUGUAGGUAUAAGUAUAUCAUCUACACUGAUGGCGUAACAUACUCCGGCCGCCUCGCCUUCCACCAAGCUUGCGCCUCUGUGCUGAUUACUCCCCCCCCAACCUACCUCCAACCCACCACCCACCUCCUGCGCCCUCUCUACUCACCCACCCUCCCCUCCCCCCCUACCUCUCACCCCGAAUGGCCCUCCUACCCCCCCUCCGAAGCGAACAUCAUCUUCGUGAAACCGGAUUGGUCGGAUCUAGAAGACACGAUUAUAUGGUUGAGAGCAAACCCAGAGGUGGCGGAGGGGAUAGCGAGGCGGGGAAGGGAAGAGGUGCUGUUGGGAGGGAUGGGGGGGCAGGCGGCGGAGGCGUGUUAUUGGAGGGGGCUUGUGAGGGGGUGGGCUGGGGUGGCGGGGGGGUGGGAGGGGGAAGAUGAGGUGGAGGGGGUGAGGUGGGAGGAGUGGAGUGUUAGGGGGGUUGGGAAUGGAGGGGGUAGGAGGGGGGGUUAG